AUUUUUUGUGAUGUUGACGUAGGUCCGCGCCUAUUGACAGGCAUGGACAUAAAAGCAUUUAAUACCAUAAAUGAUGGACGCAGACAUUUUUUUUUCAAUGUCCAUCUGGAAAAAGUUCCAAGUUACUCUAUAAUCAUAUACAUUUUUGUAUAUUAUUAACUGUUUUGAAUAUGUUUAUCAUAUCUCCUGUAUCUUUUCGAUAUUGAAGCAAUGGGAUAUUUAAUUUCUCCAACUGAUCUGGAUAUGACAAAUCUUUGAAACCUGGAAUGAUCUUGGUUGCUCUCCUCUAUACUUUUUCCAGUAGUUUAAUAUCUUGGCUUUAUAUGAACUCCAAACACUUGCGGCAUAUUCCAAGUGAGGUUGUACUAAGGACUAAAGAGACAAAUCAAUGUCUGGUGUAGGACUACUCUAGACAUGGACAUGUAUCUGCCAGUAAUAUAUAUAUAUACAAUGUAUACAGCUGCCUUAGCUCUCCUUAAAUAUACGCAGAUAACUCAAUAUUCAAGUCUCUGAUAUAUGUGUACCCUAUAUGAAAAUAGUACCUAACUUGGUUGCUAUCGAGGACACAUUUGAUAUCUAAAAUAUCUCUUUUCACUGUCUUAUAUAUAUGUGUUUAUGAAAUGAAAUUCCAACAUUGGGCAAACACUAGCAAGGUUAUAGACCAUUUUAACAACUUUAGAAACUCGGUAUAAGGUGUCAGGUAAAGGGUUCUUAACCUCAAUAUGUUAGGUGUUAGUGGCAGUGCUUGAACCUUGACAUGUUAAGUAUUGGUGUUUGAACCUUGACAUGUUAGGUGUUGGUGUUUGAACCUUGACAUGUUAAGUAUUGGUGUUGAACCUUGACAUGUUAAGUGUUGGUGCUUGAACCUUGACAUGUAAAGUGUUGUUGUUUGAACCUUGACAUGUUAAGUGUUGGUGCUUGAACCUUGACAUGUUAAGUAUUGGUGUUUGAACCUUGACAUGUAAAGUGUUGUUGUUUGAACCUUGACAUAUAAAGUGUUGUUGUUUGAACAUUGACAUGUUAAGUAUUGGUGUUUGAACCUUGACAUGUUAAGUAUUGGUGUUUGAACCUUAACAUGUUAGGUGUUGUUGUUUGAACCUUGACAUAUAAAGUGUUGUUGUUUGAACCUUGACAUAUAAAGUGUUGUUGUUUGAACAUUGACAUGUUAGGUGUUGGUGUUUGAACCUUGACAUGUUAAGUAUUGGUGUUUGAACCUUGACAUGUAAAGUGUUGGGUUGACAGUGUUUGAACCUGGACAUGUUUGGGGUUGGAUGACAGUGUUUGAUUAUCAUCAUAUGUUACGUAGAUGCUAGAUGCCAUAUCACAGCAUUUAAAUCUCCACAUUACUUAAUCAAAGCUUACUUUUCUUUACACAGCAUACAUUUUGGGUCGUGUUGCAUGAAUCACGUUUUUUCACUCUUCACCAGCGUAUCACCACCUCUAUCACCAUAUAUUGCUGCAGAUUGACGUGUGUACUAGGGACGAGGCACACUUCAUCACCAGACCUGGUUGUUUUGUUUCCUGUAAACCUCACUGCUUGCUACAUUUUACACUUAUGUCUAGAGAUGAAAAGAAGAUGCAUGUGUCUGAUGGAUUAGAGGUGCACGAGGCUGCGGCAACAGGAGAUGCUGACUCGUUAGUGGAGUAUCUCCGCACCAAUAAAUAUGAUGUCAAUUUGAAGGAUGCUGACUGGAAUGACCGUGCUGCUCUACACUGGGCUGCCUUGAGAGGUUUUGUGGAGUGUAUACGAAUCCUACUUGAACAUGGAGCAGAUGGAGUGAUCCGAACAGACUCGGGAUGGACUCCGGCUCAUUGUGCUGGAGAAACAGGCAAGCUGACAGUACUUAGAGCUCUCCACAAUGCUGGUAUACCUCUAGACCUCCCCGACAAAUAUGGUGACACCCCCAGGGACAUCGCAACCAUAUAUGGCCAUCAUGAUUGUGUUCAGUUUCUUAACCAUAUUGCUGAAGAAAAGGACAAAGAGGACCAUAGGACGUGACAUUAUUGUACAUCACAAUCUCUAGUACUUCACGACGAUGUCACUGUACAAUCAUAAAGAUGUAGUAUAUAUGCUUACAAAAUCAAAAGUAGAAUUAGCAUAGGCAACAUAGAACACAAAUAUGUGGUUGUUUUAUACACUACAAAUAUAUAAAGCCACCAAGUGAAAAUGUUGGUCCUAGAUUUUGUAGACAAUUUGGAGGUUACUACACCAUUUUAUAUACUGGCAUGUUAUUACUGCUAUUGAAUGUGUUGAUGUCAAAUGCUAGUUGUUUUUAAACCAAGAUGUCCCGGUUUAACAAAUAAGUUAUUGCAAAACAGAUACCAUUUCCAAUGCUAUACCAUCAUGUUGUGAUAUAUGUAACACAAUGACACUUUGAUGACAUAUUAUCUGGGCAGUGAACGUGUUUCCUUCAGUCAACCAGAACUAUGUAGGGGAGCAUGGGAUAUGUUUCUGUAAGCAUGUUCUUUGAGUUGUAUGAUAAACAUGUACAUGUAUUCUAAAGAUUGCGUCAGUGAAAUGAUAUGUAGUGGAACUGGACUGGGUCGAUCAUCGGUGACCAGGUAACUCAAUUGGUAGAGCAAUUGGCUAGUGUUCGGAGGUCCCAGGUUCGAACCCCAGUCUGGCUGCUACAUUUUCUCUUUCUCCUAUUACAUGACUGGCGAGUUUGCCUACCCUUGUUUAAAACAUUGGGAGUAUGCUUAGCAAGGGGAUAUCCGAACUUGUGGUCUUUGGAGCGAAGACAUGCAAAAAGGAGGGAGGAAUGUAGUGAACUGGACUGGGUCGAUCAUCUGCGACCAGGUAGCUCGCUUGGUAGAGCAUUUGGUUAGUGUUCAGGGGUGCCGGUUUUGAACCCCAGUCUGCCUGCUACAAUUUCUUUCUCCUGUUUCAGAUGAAUUUGUUUACAGAUGCUUGUUUAUUCUCAAAAAAAAAAAAAAAAAAAAUAAAUAUGCUGUUCAGUACAAAAUUAAAUCUGUGUAGU